UAAACUGACCCAAACAUGAGGUCAGCCGAAUGAGCGUGUAUAUGUCAGCGUCUUCGGUAAACAAAAUAAAUAAAAAUAAAUAUCUUUGAAAUUUUCCAAUCGCGAUCAGUGAUAUGGAAAUCUGUUGAAUUAUUUUUUUCCGAUUUAAAAAAAGCAUAUUUUAAAUUGAAGUACUUCGGUAUUAGGCCUAGUUCCAUUAGUAGAUAAUAUGGAUGAAGCUAACUCUUUGGUGUACGGUUUGGAGUUCCAGGCCCGGGCACUAGCAUCACGGCAAGCGGACAGCAACGAAGUUCGCUUUUUUCUGGCCACCCAGUCGUUGAAACCGAAUAACCAGUUGCACGUCGUAGAUCUCAAUGAGGACAGCUCCGCUCUGGAGGCAAAGGUAUUCUCCCACCCGUUAGGCGAGGUUUGGAAAUUGACCGCUAGCCCGCACGAUGGUGCUUUGCUGGCAUCGUGCUACAGCAUCCAUCGCGGCACCCAAACCUCAAUGCAAACGGCAGUGCUACGUCUCCCGGAACGGGCCGAGCCGAAUGAAGAAAACAACGGUCAGGAGUUUAUGCAGUUUGCUGACGUGGAUAUUCUAAAGACGGACGGCUACGGGGGCGAAAUUAGAACCACCGAAUUUCAUCCCACGAAUGCGUCGCUGCUGUGUACGGUGAUUGAUGGAAAGGUGUUGCUUUUUGAUAGGGCAGAAUCUAGUUCCAAAUUGAUAGCAGAAAUAAAUGCCAAGAAUACGCCAAAGUUCUCCGGUGGGCGGUGGUCCCAUUUUAAUCAGGGAAAUCAGUUUAUAACGCUGUACGACUGUAGCGUGAAGUCAUACGACAUUAGGGAGCCAAAUCAUUGUGCGUGGACCAUUGAAGACGCCCAUAGUCAGCUCGUACGCGAUUUGGAUUGCAAUCCGAACAAGCAAUAUCACAUUGCCACGGGUGGAGAUGAUGGAGUGCUGAAGAUUUGGGAUUUUCGAAAUACAAAAGAGCAUGUUUUUGCUAGGAAUGAUCACCAUCAUUGGAUAUGGAAUGUUCGGUUCAACACCCACCACGAUCAGCUGUUGCUGUCGAGCAGCAGUGAUGGUAAGGUGGUUCUGACUUGCGCAAGCAGCGUGAGCUCGGAAGCGCUGGAAAGCAACAGUGGCGCUCCCAGUGACAGGGAACAACUGGCGGAUGGCUUGCUGCAAACUUUUGACCAACAUGAGGAUUCGGUUUAUUGUGUGGAGUGGAGUACGGCCGAUCCAUGGGUGUUUGCUUCGCUGAGCUACGAUGGGAGGUUGGUAAUCUCAAAGGUACCCAAGCAGUACAAGUAUCAAAUAUUACUAUAAUUUAGGGCGUUAUCAUUGUAUUUCUAUUUCACAACUUUAAAUAAAUUAUUCUAACAAUUAA